AAUUAAAAUUUCAUCGAUGAAAAACAAAUUCGCCUAUUAACACACGAUAGGUUAAUCAACUUGAUUUUUCUUUUUUCACCAAUACCCGUCUGUGUUCCCCGGUUUUUCGAGAAAUAUAGCGGCACAGUUCGAAGGGUGGAAUUUUGAGUACCCGAUAAAAUUGAUUCAAAAUGGACAUGCGCAAAAACAGUUAAUAUGCAAUGAGCCAGCAAAAAAAAAAAAUCAAAUUCAGACGACGGUUUGUAAUUUCUAUAAAGUCCAUCAAAGUUUUAUUAAAUUUCGUGUUCGGGUGUUGCCCAAUUGUUGACGAUUUCAUUUUUAUUACCACCGAUCAAUAAUCGAUUGAUUGACAACAAACAUCCACAUCAAUAAAAAACAAUCGAACGAUUUUUUUUUUGUAUAAAAACAUCGAUUAUCGAAAUACGACGAUUAAUUCAACAACAAAAAAGCAACGAAUAAAACGCUACGAAAAUGAGUAGUUGUCAUGAUUUUGAUGAAUUUCCAUUUCAAGCUUUGCUGCCGAAACGUGAAACACAAGCAUCUUCAUUUUUAGCUAAAUAUCCAUCAUUCGAUGGCCGUGGUGUACGUAUUGCUAUAUUUGAUUCUGGUGUUGAUCCUGGUGCAUGUGGUCUAUCGGUUACAAGUGAUGGUCAACCGAAAAUCGUUGAUAUGAUGGAUGCCACAGGUGCUGGUGAUGUUGAUACAUCUACGAUAGUUGAACCAGACGCUGAUGGUUAUAUCGUUGGUUUAACGAAACGUAAACUAAAGAUUCCAGAUGAUUGGAAAAAUCCAACAGGCAAAUAUCAUAUUGGUGUGAAAAAUAUUUAUGAAUUAUUUCCAUCAACAUUACUAGCGCGUGUGAAAAAAGAUUAUCUGGAAAAAGAAUUCCUGCCCAAACAUAAACCAUUUUUGGCUGAUGCUUUAAAACGUUACGAAACAUUUCGUUUGAAACAUCCAGAUGAUGAAAAUAUCGAAAAUCAACAAGAAAGAAUCAAUGUUAUGUUGGAACGUGAAGAAUUAAAAUCACAGAUUGAUUUAUUGAAAGAUGCACAAGCGAAAAUUUCUGAUCUUGGGCCAACAUUCGAUUGCAUUGUGUUUCAUGAUGGUGAAUAUUGGAAAGCCUGUAUCGAUACAACUGGUGAAGGUCGACUAGAUGAAUGUACCAUUUUAGGUAAUUAUCGUCAGUGUCUUAGAUAUGGAACAAUUUCAGAUCGUGAUAAAUUCAAUUAUGGCGUUAAUAUUUAUGAUGAUGGAAAUCUUUUGGAAAUUGUUGGACAAUGUUCAAAUCAUGGUACACAUGUUGCAUCGAUUGCUGCAGCAAAUUUUCCAAAUGAUCCAGAUAGAAAUGGCAUUGCACCUGGUGCACAGAUUGUAUCCAUUGUUAUUGGUGAUAGACGUAUUGAAACUAUGGAAACAGGAUCGGCUAUUAUUCGUGCAUUUAUAAAAGCUAUUGAAUCUGGUUGUGACGUGAUCAAUAUGAGUUAUGGUGAAUCUGGCCAUUGGGCUGAUGGUCGUUUAUCAAAUCUGGUAAAUGAAUUAAUCAAUAAACACGGACUUAUUUAUGUGGUGGCGGCUGGAAAUUCUGGUCCAGCUCUUACAACGAUAGGAGCAUUGAAUGCCAUGCAACCAGAUAAAAUAAUCAGUGUUGGUGCAUAUGUUACACCGGAUAUGAUGUUGGCUGAAUAUUCGAUGCUUGAAAAAUUGCCAGGAUCCGCGUAUUCAUGGACAUCACGUGGUCCAGCCUGUAAUGGUGCUCUUGGUGUUUCGGUAUGUGGCCCCGGUGGUGCCAUUACAUCUGUAGCAAAUUGGGCACUCAAAAGUGGCGCUCUAAUGAAUGGAACAUCGAUGGCUUCGCCUAAUGUUUGCGGUUGUGUAGCACUGUUGUUGUCAGCCGUGAAACAACGGUCCAUCCCAUACACACCGUAUUCCAUAAAGAUGAGUUUGGAGAAUACUGCAUUGAAAGUACCAAAUUUCGAACCAAUAUCACAUGGAAAUGGAAUGGUUCAGGUGGAAAAGGCUUUUGAACAUUUAUCCACUUUUGAUCGUCAACUUGGUGAACGUAAUAUGCAUUUUCGAAUUACAUGCAGUGGCAGUGGUCAAUCAAAUAAUGAAAUGGGAAUUUAUCUUCGAGAAUUGGAACAAACACGAAAACCAUCCAUGCAUACGGUGACAGUUACACCGGAAUUGUUUAAAGAUAAAAAUCAAGAUGAUAAAAUCAAUUUUGAAAUGAAUUUCAAUCUAACCUGUUCGGAAACAUGGGUAAAAUGUCCCAAAUAUUUGAAUCUUACUUAUACGGCUCGAUCAUUUCAAGUUCGUAUUGAUCCAAGCUCAUUGGUCGAUGGCACUUUCAAUCAAACAUGGAUCGAAGCCUAUGAUGUACGAUGUUGUGAAAAAGGACCAUCGUUUAAAAUUCUUGUCACUGUCAUCAAACCAUUGGUCAUUGAAAAUGAUCGAUAUAAAUUUACGGAAAUUUUUCGUGCCGGUCAUAUUAAACGAGUUUAUGUAGCGGUACCGGAGAAUACAACAUCAGCUCGUAUUAUGAUACGUAAUAAUCAUUCUACAGAAACUGGAAAAUAUGUUAUUCACACAGGACAAUUACCGACACAAAAGCGUUUUAGUGAUCAUGAAUUUCAAAAAUUUUUUCCCAUUCCACCAGCUUCAGAUAUACGUUAUAAUUUUGAUGUCAUCGGUUCGCUGACAAUGGAAAUUUGUUUUGGUAAAUGGUGGUCAUGUUCAGUGGAUACUGAGACUACUGUUGAAUUGGAAUUUGAUCGUAUCAAUUUAGUUAGCACAUCGAAUCAUUGUGGUAUUGUUGCCAGUAAUUGUAUCACACGUAUUGAUGUGCGAAAUUAUGGACAACAAGUCGUGAAGAUAAAUCCAUCAUUGAAAUUUAAAAAAUUUUAUCAUUCAAUCAAACCAAUGGAUUCCAAGAUUCGACCACUUGGUUUUCGUGAUGUAUGGCCUGAAGGAAAAAUUAUUUAUGAAAUAAUUUUAACUUAUUCACUUAAAUUGUUGAAAAGUAGUGAAUUUCGGAUAUCAUUUCCAUUGUUAUCGGAUUGCUUGUAUGAAUCUCCAUAUGAAUCACAAUUAUGGAUGUUAUUCGAUAUGAAUAAACAGCAUUUAGCAACAGGUGAUGCUUAUCCAUCAAAGUAUAACGUUAAAUUGGAAAAAGGUGAAUACAAAAUAUUGCUACAGAUACGACAUGAGUCUAUCAAACAAUUGGAACAUUUGCAAGAAUUACCAUUGCAAAUCAUUCAUCAAUUACGUGAUGCAAUAACAUUGCCAAUAUAUUCAUCACAUUAUCAAGCCAUUAUUGGUAAUGAAAGUAAAAAAGCAACAUCGAUUUCAUUGCCACCAAAUAUAACUGUACCGUUAUUUAUAUCGAACAUUUCAAAUGGGUCAUGUAUAAUUGGAUCGAAACAGAUUCCAGUGAAAUUUCCGGGAAUAUUUUGUAGUAAUAUUACACUUUCCAACAAUGAUCAACAAGGAAAACAUUCGACAAAUUUUCCUAUUGAAUUAAUGAUUGAUUGUGAUGGAUCAUCAUCGUCUGUAGCGGCAAAUAAAAAUAAAUCUUCAGCUUCAUCAUCAACUACAACAACAACAACAGCUGCAGCUACUGCGGUAGCAUCACCGUCUUCAACGGACUCAACAAACGAUUCAAAAUCAUCUCCCCUCGCUACCACAGCCAAAGCUGAUAAAGAUUUAAAUGAAAUAAGAAUCGGUCUCAUUGCGAAAUUGGAUAAAAAUUUACAAGGAAAAUAUCUAGAAAUUCUUGAAGCCGACCCAGCCGUUGCAGUGGAUUCACGAUUUUUAUUGGCCAAAUUACAAGCUCGUUAUCAGGAACCGAUCAAAAAUCCACAUUCAACAGCCAGUUGUGAUGCUGAAACCAUUGAUAAAGCCAAAGAAGAUGGUGGUGAUGAUUGGCAAUAUUACAAAGAAAAAGAACUGCAAGAACAAAUUGAAAUGGCGAAUAAAAUUCUCGAGCCAAUGAUUCAAGAUUUUCUUCAAACUUAUACUACUCUCAAAUUGGAUACAAAACGAAUUCUUGUUUCACAAUCAAAGGCCAAAGAAAUCGAAAAUAAUAAAUCGAUAGUUUUGAACACUUUGGUCAUAAAAGGUGUACAAUUAUGUCGAUUGAUUAAACAUCGCCGUGCUCAUUGUCCGGACGUUGAGAUUGCAAAUUUAUAUGAAAAUAUUGAAGAUGUUUAUGGAAAAUUAUCAUUACUUGUUGAUAAUAUUUAUAGUGAUUCGAAAACUUUACCAUUUGCUGAAAAACAUUUACUUCUCAAUGGUCAUUAUGCACGUUUCAUAAAGAUUAUGCUCAAAAAACAGGAUGAAUCAUCCGCAACCACGGCAUCAACUUUGGUACCAAAUGAAAAUGGCUGUGAAAGCACUAGUGAUGGAGAUCCAUUCUGUUCAAAUAAAAUGGACAAUGAACAUCGUAUAAUACAUGCACUCAAACAGCUUGGCUGGCAACAUCUAGCCAAUCAUUUGGAACGGCAAAUUCAUGUAAAAUUUCCUAAUGAUUAUCGAAAAUUCUAAAUUCAAUCAUCAUUUGAAUAAUGAUUUUGUUCAUUUUAA